CCUCACUCAGAGUUUCACAAGGAGCUGCUCUCAGAGAGAUAAUAUUGACCCCACGGACAAAGUUGGAACGGAUCUUCGACCAAGUCCAAAAAUCCCACAUCAUCAAGGUCAUCAUUUCCCGUAAUGAUGGCUAGUUGGAAAGGUCACGCGUCCCGAUGGUGGUGGUAGUUUUUUUAGUUUGAUAACCUGAGUGGGGGCGCCAAGCAGGAGGAGAAGUUAAUUAGGAUAAUUAAUUAGGUAUCAUAUACGUGACAAGAUUACAUAAAAAUUACCCCGACCGAGGCACAGAGGAAAAGUUGAUUGUACAAAUUUUAGCGAGGAAGUAAAGUAGUAACGACGACGACUACGAAAAUGUCGGUCAGAGCCUUAAUCCAGUCCUCGUCGACGUCCUCCUCUCAGCAGUCACAACAACAGCACCAGCAAGGAGGGAACAUGAGGGGGGGUCGAGAUGGGGGACGUAGGACGAAUCUGAGGGAGACGAUCCACUCUGGUCACUUCAUGGUGUCCGACUUUGAACCAGAGUCCGAAGCGCAGGAUGAAGAGUAUGAGGUGGGCAUGCCCAUCCCGCCUGGGCCUCCGGAGACCGUUGUUGUAAAAGUGACCGCCCACCAGUCCUCGGACAUGUUGCCUUCUAAUUAUGGGGGAGGAGGAUCUUCGUCUUACCAGUCGAACCAUAACCACCACCACUCAUCAACCAACCAUGCCCACAACUCGCAACACCACCAACAAGGGGGACGAGGGAGCAGUGUCAUUAUGAAGAGGGAGAGAAGCAGCAGCUCGAGCAUUGUGGAUAACUCACUCUCCGACCUGGGAAUGGUCAUGCCGGGAGUGGGAGGUCAUAUAAAUAUAAAUCCGUACAACCAAGCCCUUUCCCAGUACACUGGUGGUGGUGGAGAAGAUGAACCUCCCACGGCAGGGACGGCUAUUUCGAUUGAUGGGUCGCUCACAAAACUCUUCCAAUGCAUGAGUUUAGCGUACAGGCAAAAGUUAACCUCUCCAAAGUGGAACCGCUUCAAAGGGGUCAGACUCCGCUGGAAGGACAAGAUUAGGUUGAACAAUGUGAUCUGGAGGUGUUGGCACAUGCAAUUUAUAAUGAAGAAGAAGACCUUAGUCUGCCAGUUCGCCGCCCCACUGGAUGUCGACGGUCACAACAAACCCGAGGUUUGUUGUCCACAGGCUGUCGUGAUGGAAGGGAAAUACUGGAAGAGGAAGCUCUCCACGGUGGCUGCCGAGUACAAAAAAUGGAGACUUUUUUACCGGAAUAGAAUCAUGGGAUGGACACAUGCCACCCCGACGGCGGAUUUACACCCAGUCUCCCUCGAUGGAUUCGAUUGGUCCAGAUCAGGAACGUUUGGAACCAUGUCAAACAUCAUUUUUGAUGACGACAUGUUCAUGGAUUUCACUGAUACUCUGUUUUCAUCUCUCUCGUCUAAUCAACCCUUUGCAUUUCCCAAUCCAAAAGAAAUAACGAGGGUAGGCAUGGUGGCCGAUUUCAUCCAACCCGGACUUGUACAACUGCAACCAAACCUGGACGAUUUUAUGGAUACGUUGGAACCCCUCCAAGACUACGUCAACUCGAAAUUGUUACCUCCCGUCCCGGAAGAACUGGAAAAUUUUGACCCACCCGACAGUCUCCUUUCAGAUGAUGUCCUUACCCACAACCACAAUAAUCAAGGCAACAAGAGUGGAUCUUCUGCCCAACAGCAGCAGCAGCAGCAGCAACAACAACAACAGCAACCACAGAACUACUACGAUCAAACAAUCCUUCUCCCACACCAUAAUGGAAUUGCGUCUACUGAACAACAUACCAAUCAUCACCCCCACCACAAUAAGGGGCGAGUCAGUCAACAGGAAAAACAAUUACAGCAGCAGCAACAGCAAGGAUCCUCUUCUGGAAUAUUUGCAAAGCCUCAGGGCAAGCCUCGAGGUCGCACCCGCAGUGGUCCCGGGUCACGAUCAUCCAACCAACCCAGUCAUCAACAGCAGCUCGUGAACAACGCCAACUCUAACACACUCCUCUCCCACCUCCUCGCCAAUUCGAAUCACCACAAUCACCACACCAGCCACAGCCACCCCCACUCCACGUCUUCUUCUUCACCAUCCAAUCACCACAAUGUCCCAGCCCUUCCACCCCCACCAGUGACAACUAGCAGCGGUGGAACUGGUGCUGACUACGGAAACAUGUCUCCACUCAAUAUGAUUAUGGGCGAACAAUUUCAACAGUUCCAUUUGCCGGCGCCAAACACGCCACUCGUCAUAAAUUUUGGAGGUCUUGGGAGUGGCAGUGGCUCCUUGCUCUCGUCAUUUAGUGGCGCAUCCAACACUUCGCCAACGGGAGGUGGUGGCUCUGGUGGAAGUGGGGGUUCGGUUUCUCCCCCUCUCGGGCCUCCAUCCUCAACCACGCCGACGAGCAACCCUUCAUCUCCUUCUAAAGGGGCGAGAAAGGGACUUGCUGGCUCGAGUUCUUCUACCGGCGGUGGUGGAGACGGGAGUGACCGGGGUGGUUACAAAGAGCAUCGACGCGUUUCACACAUUAACGCGGAGCAAAAACGGCGGUGCAAUAUCAAAAAUGGAUUUGACACGUUGCACUCUCUCAUCCCGCAGUUGAGUCACAACCCAAACGCCAAGGUGAGCAAGGCUGCUAUGUUGGCGAAAGGGGCCGAGUACAUUCGACAGUUGAAGCUGGAGCGGGCCCAACUCAAGGAUGAGAUCGAACGCCACCGGGCCGACGUGGAGGGUCUCAACGCCUCCAUCAACAACUGCCAGUCCAUGCUUCCCGCAACGGGAGCGCCCGUCUCGAGGCAACGCACUUCCAAAAUGAACGAAAUGUUUCACGUGUGGGUGAGGCAGAGGACAUUGGAGAAUUGGAAGUUUUGGCUGUUUUCCACCCUGAUCCGUCCCCUCUUGGACUCGUACAACAACUCUGUCUCUACUGCCAGUGUUGACGAACUUUGUCGCACCGUCUUGGCAUGGGUGGACCAGCAUUGUUCCCUCGUGGAUCUCAGACCAGCUGUACUCACCUCCCUUCGCCAGUUGUGUACUUCAACGGACAUUCUAAGCAAUCCAGGCAAUCUGCAAGAGGAGGCGUACAAAGCGGUGAAUCGUCCUAUACCACAGGAUCGUAAUAACAGUGGUGGUGGAGGUAGUGAUUCCUCCUCCAGAUAAAACGUUGUCUCCUAAACAGCCAGUAAUCCCACAACAUACUCUGCUGCUGGAUUGCUCUAUGCUGCUGCUGCUUCUACUACACUACGUUGUAAACUUGGAAUUAACACCCAAAAGUCCAAUAAUGGAUAAAGUACAAGUGCCCCCGAUAGCCAACCCCCUCCCACCACAUCUCUCUCCUCCAAUAUAUAUACCCCCCAACCAACUCCCGUGUAAUUAGCCAGUGAAAUGAAGAGAAUGGUAACUAAAAGCGCUUAAACAAAAUCUGCAUGUCGCCACGACCAUAAAUUGGUACAGCGUGCAUGUCCACACUCCACUUCUACACAAUACACACAUUUAAAUACGUGACAAAACAAGAAGGUGCUCCAAUUCAGAAUAACAAAAUACUAAUCAGAAUCAUAAGUCAGAACUUGAAGAGACUCGAAACAUGUAAGACGAGGAUCUUACUCAGCUCAACAAAGAAACACGAAUACGUCGAAGGUUUGAAGAGGGAGGAAAACUGUAAAUUGGAAUGAUAUAACUUAUCUAGGAACACAAAUUCAAAGAAUGAAUAGAUUGAAAAAAAAUCCUCUCUUCCUCACUCACACUCGUCGUAUUUACUAUUUUUUGAACACACUUCACGAUAAACGACAAACGUCCAUAUUUCUACAAUUUUUCAAAAAUUUCAACCCAACUUUAACUAAUACAAAACUGCUUUAAGAGAAACAUGUGACACCGUAUCGAUAAGAAUAGGAGGACGCAGGUUAAAUAAAACCCUAGCUUUUUCUUUGUUUGCAAGAGCGUCCAACAAAUUAAGCCAUACUGCACAUCAUUUACUACCACUAUACUCCUCCGUUGUUUUAAAUACUAUCUACAUCAUAGUACUACUUAUGCAAGCAGAGAAUAUUAUUUUAUAACGAAAGCCCAACUUUCCACUAUCCUUCUGACCUUCGAAAUAAUCCGCAAUGAGAAGUUCUCCUUUCACUGUCCUACAACAAGUCGGCAUCGAGAGAUUUAUAUUACAAAAGCUUAGAUUAGGUUAUCAUAAUCGAUGAAAAAGAAAUAUAAAUAUAUAUAUAUUAUUGUUAUCCCUGAUAUUGCUGCUAAAGUUACUACUAGCUCUAUACCCAUAUAAAUACUAUAUAUACAGAGUUCUAUAUUGAUUAUAAUACUGCAUGAUAAACUUGAUAAAGGUGAUGUUUGCUUAGUUAUUUUAAUAAUUACCAGCUGAAAAAGUUAACAGUACAAGAAAAAUUAUAGAUAUAAUGCUAUGUGUGUCUAUGUGAAUUAAUUCAGAAAGAAAGAUGUGUGUGCCUCUAACCAACAACGCAACAACAAACAAAUUCUAUGAAAAAAUAUAUAUAUUUAGAAACCUUUGUCUUCUUCUAUGAUUAAGUAAUAGAAACAAAUAUAUUGUGCAAUUAAUUUACGAUUCGGAUAUGAUGAAGUGCAUUCUGAGCUACUAAGCAAACUCGUAAAAUUCAAAGUACACAACAAACUAUCUAAUUUUUACUACGUAUGAUUAUUAUAUACACUCUUGUUAAGAAAAACAUGAACGGUGUCUAAAUGUUUAAUUUGCCUUAACUAACUAUGGAAUGACAUGAUGGGUCAUGGAUUAGUAGUUUGGUAGUCUGGUGCAAGAGAAUAAAAUCAAUUUUUAAUUCUGAAA